UAUCAUAAACAGCUGAUUUUCUCAGAAAAAAAAAAUCCCAACACAAAGAUCAAGUUCCUAGAAAGAAACUGGCAAUCACCAUAAGUUAAAAAAACCCAUUAAAGCUUCAGCUAUGGUGAUAAGGUUCAAAACUUGUUGCUCUUCCUAAAACAUCAUCACCAUCAUCAUCCAUGAAAGUAGUAUUAUUAUCAGUGGCGAUACCAUUGAUUUUGCUUACAAGCUUUCUAUCUUUUUCAUUAGUUUCAAAAAGGUCCUUUGGGGGUUUCAGUUACACUAACCCUUACUCAAAAAUCAUAAAAGAAGGUUUUUCAAAUGAGACCCCCAUUAAAAACAACUCUGUUUCUUCUUCUUCUUCUUCUUCAUCAAGUGUUGCUCAACAGCAACAGCUCCUACAUGUUCAAUACACUUUAAAUGAUGAUCGGCCAUUGAAGCAUAGAAGAAGAAAGUGGUAUUGGAGUGAUUUGGAUAGGUUGGAAAGAGGUCUACAAAGAGCAAGAGCUGCCAUUAAAGAAGCUAUGAAUGGGAGUAGAUUAAAAGACCCUGAUUAUAGCCCAGAUGGUCCUAUUUAUUGGAAUGCUAAAGUCUUUCACAGGAGCUACCUGGAAAUGGAGAUACAGUUUAAGAUAUUCGUGUACAAAGAAGGGGAGGUUCCAUUAUUUCACGACGGCCCAUGCAGGAUGAUAUACACCAUAGAAGGACAAUUCAUCAAUAAGAUGGAAAUCAAUACAAAAUUUCGCACCCACAAUCCCCACCAUGCCCAUGCCUUCUUCUUACCUUACAGUGUCACAAGAAUGCGUCAUUUCCUUCAUGAUUUGCGCUCCUUUGGGAGGAUCGUCGCCGACUACGUCAACAUUAUCACCGCUAAACACCCACACUGGAACCGGAGCCUUGGCGCCGAUCACUUCAUCCUUGCUUGCCAUGAUUGGUUGUGUUUCAGGGGCCUUAUAGUAGCUUCUAUGUUCCGGAGCUAGUGAGAAACUCAAUUCGUGCUUUAUGCAACGCAAACACCUCCGAAAGGUUCGAUCCGAUGAAAGAUGUAUCGAUCCCAGAAAUCAAUAUCAAAGGCAAUAAAC